AAAAGAAUCAACUAAUUUCAAUUGAAUAAUAGUACGAAUGUUAAUUGUCAUGGUAGUUAAUUUAUCUUCCAUUGUGAUUGGUCAUUUGUUUGAAUUUCACCAAAAUAAAAAUCGGUUGACAAUCGGAAUUGAAUCUCUUCCGUUAAAAAGUUCACCCAACUAAAUGAGAUUGUUGUUGAUUCCUUGAUACGGAAAACAAGGAUAACAAUUUAACUUCUCAUUGCAAUUUAAACUUUUUUCAUGUACGUGUGAAUUAAUCAUCACAAUUUAAAUGCCAACAAAAAGCUAUGAUAAGUUACUUUAUAUCUUUCGUUAAGUUCAUUGGUCAUUCAAUUGAUUUCUGUAAUUUCCAAUGAGUCUGAUAUGAUUUAUCAUGUUCUGUGUUUAUUGUUAACAUUAAAUCAAGUUACUGGCUUAAUUGUGAGUUCAUCUUUAUCUGGAUUAACUGGUGAGACUCAUGAUGAUAUUGUAAUGAUGAUAGAAAAUUGGAUCCAGAGGAAUAAAAAUCCAUCUCUUGGAGAAAGGGUUUAUCAUAUUAACAUGGAUUCCAAUGGAGAUGCCGCUCAUUUGGAUGACUCUUAUGGUAAACGUUUUUAUACACCUUCAAGUGAAAAUGAUAAACCACCACCACCACCGCUGCCGCCACGACCUCCAAGACCUCUACGGCCCCUCCGACCUGAUCUAAUUUCUAAAUUUCCAAUUGAUACAAGACCGAAGCGGAGAAAACCUAAGAGGAAGUGGGUGAAAUAUCAAAGACCCAAUAGACUUCAUGGAUUCAAAUAUUAUGGACAAUUAGGUGAAUUGGGACCAGAAUUUUUCGAUCCGAAUCUUGUUGUUCCAGGUAAUGAUAAGUUACAAUGGAAAGAUUUGAUUGGGACCAAUUUACAAACGCAAAAAUUUUAUUCGGGACUAUUGGAAAAUCAAUUGGGCUCAUUACUUGAAGAUCAAUCUUCCGGUCAACUCAGUUUCCCGUUCGUUCAAGGAAAUAGACUCUAUAACGAUUUAUUCAAUGAAAAAUACAACUAUAUCAAAGGGAAUUAUGAUCAACCUCCGCCUCCACCUCCCCCUGAACCACCAAAACCCGAUAAACAUGAGCACAAGCACGAGCACAACCAUGAACACAAACACCAUUAUCAUGUAACCAAGACAAAGAAGGAGCAUAUUCACCAUGUAACUGUUCCGGUUCCUUAUCCAAUUCAUAUCAAAGUUCAUCGUCAUUAUAAGCAUCAUCAACAUCAUGAUUCCAAGAAUAAUUAUAAUAACAUUGCACCUUUUGCAAUAGCGGCGGCGGUUGGCCUUCCAUUGCUACUCGGUGCUCUACUCUUACCAUUGGCUCUACUUUUCCUGACAACAAUUGCCACUCUUUUAGCGGCUCUCGCAGGUGGUAACGGUAUUUUCGGUGGCAAUGGGGCCACUCUCAUCCCGGUCACCGCUGCAACGACCAGCGGAGGUAGAUUAAAGCGAUCGGCUACCUCAGAAUGGAUUCAUGAUGAACAAAAAUUAGAUUCAUUGUACAAUUUCAUAAUGGGCUGUAUUUACUCAAUGGGAACACAAUUGUCAUCAGAUUCAAUUUCAAGAUCAUUUGAUCAACUCAUCUACUAAUUUAUUAAACUCAUUACUUAAUUUAUUAAACUGAUCAUCAUCAAAUUUCAAUCAUAAAUUAUCAUGUAUUGGAACCAAUUAGCAAAGUCAACAAUUGGAAAACCAAUCGAAUUCAAUAGACCAAUAAUCUUCCGGUCAAUUCAAACUCGUCCAAGGAGAUGAACUUUAUAAUUAAUGUUGUCCAAGUUUCUUCAUGGAAACUUGGACAACAAUUUACCUGUGGAAAAUCAAUGAAAUGAAUUCGUAUUGAAAAAUGACCACAAGGAACAAGAUAAAGUAAUUGUUUGGUUUUCCAAAUUUCAUCAAUUUCCAAAUGAUAACUACAAUUUAUCAAACUUUGACCUCACUUUCCCUCCUUAUUUUCAAACAUUGUGUUGAUAAUGUAAACAUAUGAAAGCCACAGAAUCAACAACAAUAAGAAAAUACAAAAAAAAAGUCGAAAUGUUUUGUUAAACAAAAAUUGACCAGAAGAAAAAAGUUAUAAACAAAAUGUAUUAAAUAUUGAUAAUCUUUUUUACCUUUACUUUUCCUCUCUUACCUGAGUUUUGUUUUCGUGGUCAUCCAAAUCUCCAUCACUUUGACCGUUGCAAACAAAUGUCGUCCUCUAGUUAAUCGGUCAAGUGUCCACCUUUUAUCUUUACUCUCUCACUAUCACUCUCUUUCCUCCUCUUCUCUCUCACAACAAUAAUAAUAAUUGUAAAGGUCAAGGCCAAGUGAUCAGUGGUCAUCACCUAUUUUACCUUUCAGGACAAUUGUAAAGUCCAAGGUAACUCAGGAUACCCUUAAAGAUGAUCACAGUGACUACACUAAGACUGAUGAUGAUGACGAUGAUGAUGAUAAGAGUGGCAAAAAAUGAUUCCUUUAUCAUUAACAUUAUUGUUAUACACCAAAGGUUAAACAAAGUCCAGGUAAAGUUUACCUUUAUAUCAUUGAUAACAUUUCUCAACAUUGAUUGAAUGAUUUUUGACCAAUAAUCAAAUCAUUCAAGUGUUUAUUCAAUAUCUUGACCAAACCUUUUUCGUUCAACUAUUGUAUUAUAAUCAUUAUCAUCUUUUUGUCCAAAGGUCAGUGUCCAGUCCGAGGAUUUGUGUCAAUGCGAAGAUGAUUAUUGUGAAUAUCAAAUGAGCUGAUUCGCAAUCGUUUCCUAAAUGAUUGAUCGAUUCAAUUUUCUUUUCUAACUUUUUUUUUCACAUUGAUCGUUUUCGACAAUCAACUAAUUCAAUAACAAUCAUCUAUUAAUAUUUAGAAUAUCAAAUUCAUUAUUAAAUAGGAUAUCCUGUUAAAAGAAAACGCAA